AUGGGUCUCAAAACUUCCGCAUCGCUAGAAGCCCUUGACACAAGAGUCGACCACGUGUUCCGCCCCUCCCGUAUCUUUCGUCCUUUCUUUCAUUAUCUCCUUCCUCCUUACGCAACUUCGGCUCCGACUAACAACAGGUCUACGAAACACGUAGCUCUGACCACUUCUCGGUUGCGUAUUCAUAUUCAGGUCCAAAUUGAUAUUCAUAACCGAUAA